AUGGUUGGUGUCCCGGGACGUUCGAAAGGAUGCCGUACCUGCAGGCGGCGCAAAAAAGGCUGUGAUCUACAACAGCCCUCGUGCGGCCAAUGCAGAAGGUCUUGCAUACCUUGCGAGGGCUAUGCUGAGGGUCUGGUCAUAUACCGCUACUAUGGCCAUAGCCAGGAGGGAGAAAUUUCUUCUUUUCGUGGACCACGCGACACUCAAAGCCGCCUUCCCAUUGGGGCUAGUCCGAGCCAUGCAUCUUUAUCAGCUGACCUGGCUACCUCUGCCACUCUUUCUCAAACUGCCCGCGAAUCUUGUCUUGAAGGGAACUUUUGGGCAUCUUACAUGCCAAAUAGUCAGUCUUUCUCGCUUUUUAAUGAUACCCAACGAGAUUUAGGUGGCUCCAUCAGUGUACUUCGAGAUAUCCUACCGGGAAAGAGCAUCUUACGCACUGCUCUCGGUGCAAUGGCACUUAGUGCUGCCGCAAAUAAUGACUGCAGUCAGCAGUGGAUGAAACGACAGGGAGCAAAUUUGCAUAUGAGUGCCUUGCAACAGAUGCGAAAAUCAUUAAGCUCCCGCAGGAAGCCUGGUCUCGAACUUCUCAGUGUUGCCCGAAUAUUCAGCUUCUACGAAGUAACAUGUGCACUCCAGGAACGAAAGAAGCUCGUUUUCAGUGAGCCAGUGUGGAUGACCGAUCCUUGGAUUCAUCACCCAAAAACACGAAAAGAUCUGUUGGUAGACAUUCUUCUGGAAAUCCCAUCGCUAUACGAGGGAAUUGACAACAUGAACCUUCAGCCAGAUUCUCCGGCAAAGUUCAGGCAGCGUUUUAACCUUCAAGCAAUGGUGUUCACUGUGAUAAAGAGAUUAGACAACUGGAGCUCGAGAUUUGCAGUCACAUUGGCUUGUAUUGGGCCGAAGUGGCAGUUCCCAAGCAACAUGGCGACAGAUGAAAUCGCGGACGCGCAUAUAAUGACACUCUACUGGGCGUCGAGUAUCAUCGCUUACGGUGUCUGUCGCGCGAUUUCAAAUGGGGAAUGCGAUGCUGUCGGUGUCAAUCCGGACAAUUGUUGUCGCAGUAUAAUACGUUGUAUCCCGUCAUUUCUACACCCAUCCACUGGUGUCUUUCGUCAACAUCUCGUCCCUUUCCCAUUGAUAGUAGCUGCUCGGCACCUCAAGUCAAUACAACCACCGAAAUUACAAGAGGAGGGUAAUUAUGUACGGUCUUUAUGUGAGAACUCGGAGUUUACACCGAUGCAUCAGUUCAUGUCAAGCCUGCAGCCACAAAUUUUGAGUGGGCUGAAAAAGGCAUGUUGA